UGUCCCGAUCCGAGUUCGUGUCCAGCUAUUUCAGUGCAGUGCUAUGUGUGUGAAAAUCAUGGUCAUUUUGCUAGAAUGUGUAAGUUAAAAAAGGGUGUCAAAAAAGUGUAUGAUAUACACAUGCCAGAGAACACUUUGGAGGAAAACGACGACUGUGAGUCAUUUUAUAUAUCUAUGUUAUUUAACGUUUCCGAAAAGAACGAUUCUACGAAGGAGUGGUUUCAACUAUUAAGUGGUGAAUUUGGAAAUGAAAACUUUAAAUUAGAUACUGGUGCGGAUAUAAAUGUACUAUCCUUCGAACGAUUUUUGGCAUUAGGCUACAAGCCAAAUAUUAUUUACAAUAAAGACAAUAUUAAAUUACAAUCAUACAGUGGGGAUAUAAUCCCAAUAAAGGGUUUGUGUAAUUUGAAUUGGUGGUAUAAAGACAAAAUGCAUAAUUUAAGAUUUGCUAUUGCUAACAUUCGCUGUCAAAGCGUUUUGGGUCGAGAAACUUGUUCGGCGUUAGGGUUGAUACAACGAGUUCACGGUAUAAAUUAUGCGCAAUCUAAUGGAAAAAGUGAAAGAGCGGUACAGACUAUAAAAAAUAUUUUAAAAAAGUCAUUAGAUAGCGGCACGGAUUUCUAUUUAGAUUUAUUAAGUUACAGGAAUACCCCACGAGAUAAUUUAAAUUCACCUGCACAAUUAUUGAUGGGUAGGCGACUGAAUUGUAAAUUACCAGUGCAUCCAGACUUAUUAAAGCGUAAUUAUUGCAAUGAUGAAAAACAGUAUAAUACGUUAUUGGAAAAGCAAAGAAAAGUUAAAAUGUAUUAUGAUAAGCAUAGCAAACCCUUACCUGAAUUGGACGUGGGCGAUGACGUCAUAAUGAUUGAAAAGAACAAAAGAAUGCGAGGAAAAGUUAUAGCGAAGGCAUCGACACCACGCUCAUAUAUUAUUAAAAACAAAAAAGGAAUUAUGUAUCGCCGUAAUCGCCAACAUCUAAUCAAAAGUCUCCCUAUUUGUGAAGAUAAAUUAACUAACGCCAAUGUAUAUAUACAAAGUGAAGAAGAGGACGAGUAUUUUUCCGAUGAAAGUGAAUAUGUGCCUUCGGAUGAAUCUAAACUUUCAAUGUCCAAAGAUAACCAAAUUACAACCUAUUCUCCUCCUCUUACACGUAGCAAAGCUAAAAAAUUGGGACUAUAAAUUUUAUUACAUUUAUUUAAAAAGGUACAUAAAUAUAAGUAUAAAAAAAAAAACAAAAAAAAAAACCUUUCUAUUCAUAUUUCUAUACUAUAUAUUAGAUGAUCUGUCGUAUCUACUUAAAUUAUUAUACCUAAGUCAGUAAAAUUGUUUGUUAUUGUUUUGUUGUUUGGUCUAUUUCUUCUGCAUUACUACAUUACAUUUAGUAAAAAAAAAGGAAUAGUGAGAAGGAGUUUAAUUAAUAUUCUUGUAUUAUUAAUGGUAAUAUACCGACUCACUUAUAACUUAGUAAUAUAAUUAUUUUUAGUUCUAUUUUAAGGGAAAGGUGUUGUGGGUAGUUAUUAGUAAAAUAAUAUGUGGGUACCCGAGUUUGGUAAAUAAACCA